AUGGCGACGGCAGGGGCACAGAAGAGCACCACUGCCUCGACUGGAGGGGCGGUGGUGGAGGAGACGGCAGAUUCACCGUCCGCCUCAGCCUUGGGUCUUUCUAAAAACAUCCUUGGGCUGCGCUUCAUGCAGCGACAGGUGGAGGCGGAUCGACGCGAACAGCUCGCGCGCGACGAACGCGAACGGGCGGCACAGGCCAAAUGGCACACAGCAUCUGGCGCUGCGCGACAGAACCAAACAGUUGUAAAGAUGAAGGGGUAUGCCGCCUUUGACGACGUCGAAAUUACCCAACACUACUCCUUUCAGUCGGCCAACGAGUCGCUCGAGAAAUACAUUGAUCAGGAGCGCUACGCGCUAGCACAAGCGGACCAGCGCGCCCGCAAAGCCAGCCAACGCGCCUCGACUACGGCUGCCUCUGCCACCGCUACCAACCCUAUCCAAGCAGAC